AUGGAAGUCACUUACGGACACCGGACGACAACAGCAUCGCUUUACGUCGUUGACCGUGAGGGCCCAAGCCUGUGUGGCCGUAACGUAAUUGCAGCGCUGGAUCUGUUUACCGUCAACGUGAAUGCCGUUAACAGCGAAGGCAAGGUGGCCAAUCUGAGUCAGGAAUUCAAAUCCUUGUUUGAGCCUGGCACCGGUCUCAUGCUGUGCGAAGCGGGAGUGCUCACGCCGGUGACCCAUUCCGAAUGGGCAACACCUAUUGUGCCCGUCAUGAAGAAAGAGGGCACAGUAAGAAUAUGCGGCGAUUUCAAGGUUACGCUGAACCAAGUCUGUGACGUUGAACAAUAUCCUCUUCCGGAGAUUGAAGACAUGUUUGCGUCGCUUAGUGGAGCGAAGUGCUUUUCGAAAUUGGACUUACGCUACGCAUACCAGCAGAUUCCACUUGAUGAAGACUCACAGAAAGUCGCGGUAAUAAACACCCAUCGAGGCCUGUACACCUACAAGCGUCUACCCUAUGGCUUCGCUUCUGCACCCGCGAUAUUCCAGCGUCGGAUGGAAUCCUUGCUAAGAGAAAUUCCUGGAACGCAAGUCUUCCUUGAUGACAUCCUGAUAGGAGAAGGGGAGGCGAGCUUCGGAGAAACCCUGCGCAAGGUACUCCAGCGUCUACAAGACAACGGUGUUCGCCUGCGGGAGGACAACUGUGUGUUUCACAAGUCGCAAAUUUCGUACUUGGGACAUCGCAUUGACAAAAGAGGACUUCACCCCGAAGAAAAGAAGCUGAGAGCAAUACUAGAAGCGCCAGCGCCGAAAGAUGUGCAAGAAUUGAGAUCUUUCUUGGGACUGCUUGCUUACUACUGCAGCUUCAUUCGUAACAUGUCCUCCUUGCUCACACCGUUGUACGACCUACUGAAAAAUGUCCCGUCUGGAAAUGGGAUACUGCCCAAGAGGAAGCAUUCAAAAAAGCGAAAGAUGUGUUGGUCGAGAACUCUCACGGCGGCAGAACAGAACUACUCCCACCUGGAGAAGGAAGCAUUGGCACUCGUUUUCGGAGUCACGCGAUUCAGAGACUACCUGUGGGGACGACAGUUCAGUCUCCGGACGGACCACAAACCUUUGGUAGGACUCUUCAUAGAAAGCAAGGCUAUAUCAUCAACGGCAGCCAGCAGAAGUCAGCGAUGGGCGUUGACACUGAGCGCCUACAAUUACCAAAUUGAUUAUAAACGCGGACGUCAAAACGGCAAUGCGGAUGCACUAAGCCGCCUUCCCAAAGGAACAGUAACUGAAGAAGAACUUGCAAAUCCAGAAGCAGUAUGUUCCAUCCAAGUCCUGGAGGAGGGGUCACUUUCAGCAAAGCAGCUAGCCGACUUGACAAACCAAGAUGCUACCUUGUCAGCACUCAGGGAUGCUAUACAGCGGGGAUGGCCACAUAAGCUACAAGACAAGCCAUUGCAACCGUAUUGGUCUCGAAGAGAUGAGCUCUCAACGGACCAAGGACUGAUCAUGUGGGGAAGGAGGAUAAUCAUCCCAGCAAAAGCACGCCAUGCAUCGCUACUGGAACUCCACUCUACACACACUGGAAUGGAAACAAUGAAAACAGUGGCAAGAUCACUAUUCUGGUGGCCCGGAAUAGAUGGCGACAUCGAAUGA